AUGGCAGAUACCUUUAAUAUUCAAAAAGACUCAGAAUUUAUUAUAAAAGAACAUGAAUUCGCAAACAUGAGUGUAAUUUCGCUAAGAAAAGCUUAGAAAGAGAAUAACUCAAAUAAUUACUGCUAAAAGAUGCAAGAUAGCCUAAUUAUGGAUUCAAGCACAAAAGGGUAUACUAAAAAAAAAGUAUUUAAUUCUCUAAGUAAAGAAAAUAUUUUUUUGAAGAAGAAAGAAUUUGAAAGGCCUUUAAGUACACCUAUUUAUGCCUUUGAAAAGAGUUUUAAGUCAAAAGAAUAUAACUUAUCAAUAAAUACACAGAACUUAUUGUAAGUAAAAACUAAACCCAGUUUAAAAAAUAUUGAAUCAAACACAUUAAUAAAUGAUAUUUCACGUUCAAAGAUUAACAUUUAAGAUAAAAAUUAAAGUAUUUAGUCUCCCUAAUAAGAAAAUAAUACUUAAAGAUCUAGAAGCACAACAUAAAACUAGAUAAAUCUAAAUAAUACUAAUAAUAAUAAUAAUAAUAUUAUUCCAAACAUAGUAAUAAACAGUAUCAACUACUAAAAUCCAGAAUUACAAUAAAAUUUAGGAAUGACAAAUAGAGAUGAACUAAUUUCAGAAAGAUCUUUCAGAGUAAAUAUGAGAAGGAAAAGUGCUGAAUAACACGACGAUCGUAUAAAUUAAUAUAUCAGAAAAUAUCACAAUCUCAAAAAUAUAAUAAACCACCAUGAAAUCCAAACAUAAAAAAAAGCUGAGGAGUUAAAAUAAAUUUAAAUUAAUUUACAAAAGAAAAAUAUAUAAUAAUAAGAGAGAUUUAGUUAGCCAAGCAAUUCAUUUAGAUAGAGGAAGAGUGUUUUGAUUGCACCUGAGUUUACUUUAUUUUAAAAUCUAUAAAAUAAAAAAGAACUCAAAAGAAUAGGUAGUGGAAAUAGCAUAGAAUUAAGACCAAAAAGAUAAACAAUACCAUAUUCAAAUAAUUAUCCGAUAUAAUCUUUUAAUUUACAAGAACUUAAGCUAGAAAAACAUAAUUCUAGUUAGUAAAGCAGCUAAAAUGAAGAUCAAAAAUUCUUGAGAACCUAAUCAGACUUGUCUAAAGUAUAUGCUAUUAAUCAAUAUAAAGAAACUAAAAAAGCAAAAGGAAAAACAAGUUUAGUUGACAAUUUGUUAAACUUGUAUAGCGGAAAUUAAAUGAAUAAUUCUAAUCCCUUCUAAAGUUUAUCAAACUAAGCUGAAAGAUAAAGUAGUUAGAAGGAGUCUUUUUAAUAUCAUUAAUAGGCUAGAAGUUCAUCAAAUAAAUAAGGGAAUAAUACUUCUUUAGAUAGGUUAAAUAAUCAUUCGAAUCAACUUUUUUAAGAAAAAAAACUAACAAAGUGUACUUCAGAGUAAUUCUCUAAUUAGAAUUUAAUGACAGACCCAAAUUCUAACGAGGAUAGAAAAUGUAUUCUUUAGAAAUAAAAUAAUGGAACAUAUUUAUUGUAAAAAAAAAACAAUUCUUAUAACUUUAAUAAACUAAAUCAAAUAGUUUAAACUAAAAAUAAAUAAGAAAGUUUAAAAUAAUUUGCAUCUAGGCACAUAAACUAGUCAUUUUCUCUAUCUUAAAAUAAAGAAAAAGUAAGAAACGUUUUAAUUAGCCCAGCUAAGGCAACAUAUGUGCAAGUUAAUACUUUUUCAUAAUUUUUUUCAUAAAAAUCACCUAUAUUAAAUCCAUAAAAACCAGUUGAAAAGUAUUUACCUCCUCUUAAUUUUUCAGUAAAAUAAUAAAAUUCUAAUAAUUUAUGUGAUUCAUAAACUAAUACUAAAAGCAAUUAAAUACUAAAAUACUCGACAUAUUUAAACUAUAAAUAACUUAACAAAAAAAAAUUAUAUUAUUCAUAUUUAUCAAGAGACGCUAGUUAUAAUGGAAGUACAAGCAACUAAUCAUCCCAAGAAAUUACGAAGACUGAGCCUUCUCCGUAACCGACAAAAAAUUAUGGCUUUAUGAGAAAAAUAUUUUGA